UAAAAAUAAAAAAUAAAACGAUUUGAGAAGAAGAAGAAGAAGGGAGGAAGGCAACAAGGCAAAGGCAAAAGGCUGCUUUCAAUUCAUUUCAAUUUCUUGAGCCAAAGGCUGAAAAGUGUGGGCCAUACUUUUCCCCCGCCCGCCAUUAAUACCAAACCCCAGCUUUCCCCAACCAUCAUCCUUCCUCUUCCAUUCCCAUCUCUUUUUUCUCUCUCUGUUUGUCUCUCCUUCUUUAAUUCCCCCUUCCCAACGGCCUUUCCUCUCUUGAUGAUUUCCAGCCCUCAAUUUUUUAAUGCUGGGUUUUCACACUCUGAUUAAAGCAUUGCUGUACAUUUGAAUUCCUUUACUUUCCAGCUGCGGAUUAGUUUCCCAGCUGGGUUUUUAAUUUUCUGUAAACAAAAAUUCAAGUGGGAACCUAGGCAACUUAUUAAGGAAAGAAGAUUAUAGGAGUUUGUUUGGUGGUGAGAAAGUGAUUAUUAUUCAACAGAAAUGGGAAUUUGCUUGAGUGCUAGAGUUAAAGCUGAAAGCCCUUAUCAUACUGGUGAGUUAUGGCUGGAAUUUUUUUUGGAUUUCCUUUUCUAUUUGUUGGUAUUGAUUGUUAUUAUUCGUGCCUGUUGCAGCCAUGGAGUUCGAUUUUCAGAUAUCUUAAAUAGUUGUUUCUGGGCCGUUUAAAUUAUUGUUUUUGGGGAUUAUUUUUUUGCUAUUUCCUCUUCAGGGAAUGUUUGAACCUUGCAGAUCGUUUUCUUCUUGAUUAUUCAAUACGGGGCAGUUGCCAUUUUUGUUGUCUCCUCUAAAUUAGACCAGAAAGUGGCCGAUAUCUGCUAGUGGACACCCCCCCUUCUCAUGUCUUCCUCAGAUUGACUAAUUUUCUUCUAGCUAUCUAUAGUUCUCUAAGAAUUUCGUUUCAAGAUUGGUUCUUUCUGAAGCUUAAGUCAUAAUUGAAGUUGGAUACCCGUAAUUAAUCAUAAGGGGUUCUGUUUUCCAAUUAUUUUUUGGUUCCUAACAGUACAUGAAUCUUUUAAUUUGAUCAGGGGUGAGUUCAAGAAAUGUGAGCAUGGAUGGCCAUAGUCUGAGGAGUUCCAGUGAAAAAGGCUCUUCAAACUCAUUGCCGGCAGCUCCCAGGAGUGAGGGUGAGAUCUUACAGUCUCCCAAUCUGAAGAGCUUCAGUUUCUCUGAUCUCAAAAUGGCCACCAGGAACUUUCGGCCUGAUAGUGUGCUUGGAGAGGGCGGAUUUGGAUCAGUCUUCAAGGGUUGGAUUGAUGAGAACUCAUUCGCAGCUACCAAGCCUGGAACGGGCAUAGUUAUUGCUGUGAAAAGGCUCAAUCUUGAAAGUUAUCAAGGCCACAGAGAGUGGCUGGCUGAAGUGAAUUAUUUGGGACAGUUUUGCCAUCCUCAUCUUGUCAAAUUGAUUGGCUAUUGCUUGGAGGAUGAGCACAGACUCUUGGUGUAUGAAUUCAUGCCCAGGGGCAGCUUAGAAAACCAUCUUUUCAGAAGGGGUUCAUACUUUCAACCUCUUUCUUGGAACCUUCGUUUGAAGGUUGCUCACGGAGCUGCAAAAGGACUUGCUUUUCUGCACAGUGCUGAAACAAAAGUGAUUUAUAGGGACUUCAAAACAUCCAACAUACUACUCGAUUCGAGCUAUAAUGCCAAGCUUUCUGAUUUUGGAUUGGCCAAGGAUGGUCCCACUGGAGAUAAAAGCCAUGUCUCCACAAGAGUGAUGGGAACAUAUGGAUAUGCUGCGCCAGAAUACCUAGCAACUGGCCAUUUGACUGCGAGAAGUGAUGUGUAUAGUUUCGGAGUUGUUCUUCUGGAAAUGCUAUCCGGUAGGAGAGCAAUUGACAAGAACAGACCAUCCGGAGAACACAACCUUGUUGAAUGGGCCAAGCCAUACUUGACCAAUAAGCGCAAAAUCUUCCGCAUACUGGACAACCGUCUUGAAGGACAAUACUCCCUUGACGUAGCUUACAAGGCUGCCAACCUUGCUUUCCGAUGUAUAUCUAUGGACCCUCGUUUCAGGCCGACCAUGGAUGAGGUCGUCAAGGAGCUUGAAGAUAUUCAGAACCUCAACAACAAUGCAGCUAAGAAUGUAAACAACGCCGCCCAACAGCGGUUGAGGCAGCGCAGACGAAGCGCGGAUGAUGCCAAGAGUAGAAACAUUGUCCCGGUUGCUUAUCCAAGGCCAUCGGCAUCUCCCCUUUUCACCAAGUAAUAGAAAGAUGAAAUGGUAAAAAAGCUAAGUGUUUUUGACGGUGGAUACCAUAUAACCCUUUUGGAAAUUGACCUCUGAAAACAUCCUUGACCUUUUUUGUACAGUUGCAAAAUAGCUUGUUUCUUAAUGCCUUCGAAGAUUCUGCCUCCAAAUUCGAAAAUCUUUGUAUUUCUUUGAAGUAGUGAUACAAAAUAUAAAUGUAUCGAAUUCAGCAUAGCUCUGUUAUAGUUCUUAGAAAACGUCCAGUUUUUCGGCAAAUAGGAAACAUUUUGUGCAAAGAGUUGUUGAAAGUCGACUAAUAUCUAUCUUUUUCUUCUUCUUUUUUUAAUUUUUUUUUUAAUUUUUUUUUAUGUGUGUGUGUGUAAGUAAUGAAUGCUCUAGUUUUAAAAAUUCUUUGUCCAGUCCUAGUAAUAAG